AUGUAAUUAAAUUACAUGACAUUGUAUUUCCGUCGUCCUCGUGUCAACUUGUUGACGUCGUGUUCUGCAGGCGAUGAGUUCUCCUGCCCGGACCGCUGGGACCGCUUCGGUCACCAGUGCUUCGUCUUCAUCGACAGCAGGAAGACGUGGACGGAGGCCGAGGGCUACUGCCUGUUCGAGGACGCCAACCUGGCCACGGUCCACGGUCCCGAGGAGAACCGCUUCCUGCAGGCGCUGACCCGGGGGGAGAGCCACGAGUUCCCCGUGAGCUGGAUCGGGGGCUACGACGCCAUCCACAUGAACAACUGGAUGUGGACCGACGGCUCCAGGUUCGACUAUGAGAACUGGGCCGUGGACUACGAGCCCAGGAGAACCCAGAGCUGCCUGAAGAUGAACUAUGGCUACCAGAAGAAGUGGAUCAACAGCCACUGCAACGACACGCUGCCCUUCAUCUGCGCCAAGAUGAUGGACCCUCACCUGGCUUAGAAAGUCCUGGUCCACCUGUGAAGUCCUGGUCCUCCUGUGAAGUCCUGGUCCUCCUGUGAAGUCCUGGUCCUCCUGUGAAGUCCUGGUCCUCCUGUGAAGUCCUGGUCCUCCUGUGAAGUCCUGGUCCUCCUGUGAAGUCCUGGUCCUCCUCUGAAGUC